UAUGCAACAAGGCCAACGUUUUGUGGCCCACGUCAUUGGUUUUUACAGUGGGCAGUUCUAUUGCUGCUCUUCCGGUGGAGACGUGGCUCUGUACUGCUGCCAUAUUGACGCUAGCUAGCUAACAAUCACACAACUUGGAGUGGCCUUAAUAAUUGCACCUUGCUAUUCUAGAGUGACUAGAAAUCACAAAAAUCGAGAAACACGAGAGACGGAAGAUCCUCGUACCAUAGAGAAAGACCAAAAUGGUGCUGUUGGCAGCGGCGGUGUGCACCAAGGCCGGCAAGGCCAUUGUAUCGCGGCAGUUUGUUGAAAUGACCCGGACCCGUAUCGAGGGUCUUCUGGCUGCAUUCCCUAAACUGAUGAACAUGGGCAAGCAGCACACUUUUGUGGAAACAGACAGUGUUCGCUACGUGUACCAGCCACUGGAGAAACUCUACAUGGUCCUCAUCACUACCAAGAACAGCAACAUCCUGGAAGACUUGGAGACACUCAGACUCUUCUCCCGUGUGAUCCCAGAGUACUGUCGUGUGCUGGAGGAAAGCGAAAUAUCGGAGCACUGCUUUGACCUGAUCUUUGCCUUCGAUGAGAUUGUGGCACUAGGCUACAGAGAGAAUGUCAACCUGGCUCAGAUCCGCACCUUCACAGAGAUGGACUCCCAUGAGGAGAAGGUUUUCCGUGCUGUCAGAGAGACCCAGGAAAGAGAGGCUAAGGCAGAGAUGAGGAGGAAGGCCAAGGAGCUGCAGCAGGCUAGGAGGGACGCUGAGCGCUCUGGAAAGAAGGUGCCAGCUUUCGGCGGCUUUGGCAGUGCCGGCAUGACCAGCGUCUCCUCAGGGUCCAUCAUCACAGACACCAUCGUCGAGCCUGAGAAGCCCAAGAUGACACCAGCUACAGUCAGACCAAGUGGACCCAGUAAGGCCCUGAAACUGGGUGCUAAAGGGAAAGAGGUGGACAACUUUGUCGACAAGCUCAAGUCCGAGGGUGAAACCAUCAUGCCCACCUCAGGAAAGAGAGGCUCAGAUGUAUCUAAAGUUCUACCACCACCGGUCAAUGUGGAGAGUGUACAUCUGCGGGUGGAGGAGAAGAUCUCGCUGACUUGCGGACGUGACGGCGGCCUACAGAACAUGGAGCUGCUGGGCAUGAUCACGCUCCGAGUCACAGACGACAAGAGCGGACGCAUCCGCCUUAUAAUCAACAAUAAUGACAACAAAGGAUUGCAACUGCAAACACAUCCCAAUGUGGACAAAAAGUUGUUCACAGCUGACUCAGUGAUUGGCCUGAAAAACCCAGAGAAGUCCUUCCCUCUCAACAAUGACGUAGGUGUGCUGAAGUGGAGACUACAGUCCACAGACGAGUCCCUCAUACCUCUAACCAUAAACUGCUGGCCUUCAGAGAGUGGUACUGGCUGUGAUGUCAACAUUGAAUAUGAGCUGCAGGAGGAGAGCCUCGAGCUCAACGACGUGGUCAUCAGCAUUCCUGUACCGUCUGGUGUGGGAGCCCCUGUGAUUGGUGAUCUGGAUGGAGAGUACAAACAUGACAGCAGGCGAAACAUUCUGGAGUGGUGCCUACCUGUCAUCGAUGCCAACAACAAGACCGGCAGCCUGGAGUUCAGCAUCGCCGGACAGCCCAAUGACUUCUUCCCUAUCAAUGUGUCCUUUGUGUCCAAGCGCAACUACUGCGACAUCCAGGUUACCAAAGUGACUCACGUAGAUGGCGACAGCUCCAUUAGAUUCUCUUCAGAAACCUCCUUUGUUGUCGACAAAUAUGAAAUCCUGUAAAGAAUAUUCAAAGAAAACCUCAAAAUCAAAAAAAUCACCAACAAAAAAAGUCCAAAUCUAUGCUUCAGAGAAAGAUUGAAGUUUUCUUGCCUGCCCACCCUGUAUACUAUUUCAGAGACUGUGUACAUCGACAGGACUACGUCAGCCCUCUGGCAAACCCUCUUCCUGUGGUGGAGCAGAACAGUGGUGGUGUAUUUAUAUGUUUGUAUGAGAGAGGAUCAUCUAUAUAUAGAGUUAAUUGAACCGGAAAAACAAACAAACACAAAAAAAGAAAACUACACUGAUGCUGUUGUGUAUGCCAAGCAGAACUGCAAAGAGGACUCCAGACUAAGUAGAGGAUGACUUCUGGGGUGCAGGAGAGGCCAGCGGCCUUCUCUCGUCAAUCCAUCUAUAAAACCCUGCCAGGAGGUAGAAAGGGAGAACGGGGACCUGAGGCCACUGUAUCAGUCUCUACUAGAACGAGCGCUAGUAGUUUUCAUCCCCCGACCAUCAUGCAUCCGCCGCCCCCUUUCUUCUUCUUCUUCGGUCACAUUGCAAUGGGUCAUCGAUAAUGGGGUUUUUACUUUCUUCCUUCUCAGAUUUUCCUAUCCGUAAUAACUGCAGAAUUGUAGCUGUCUCAAUCAUUAUAAGCCUGUCACUCUUUAAUAGUUAAACUAUUGUGAUUUGCUCUAUUGAUAUCUCACUUCAGAUAAUUGUUUUUGUUUGUUUUUCUUCUCGUGAUGACACUCGAGUUUUCAGUUUUUCUAGAGGUAACACUUCGCUGAAUGCAAAAUAUGGCUCUGUGCUCAGUAUAUUGUCUGUACUGUCUGCGGUUAUCAUCAAAAUGGUUGUGUCCUUUUAUUUUUAACUUUAAUUUUUUACUGUUCACUGUAUAAUUUGUCAUUGUUUACCACUAAUCUGGAUAUUGAAAUUUAACAGUGAACAACAGGACUUUGAAAGAAAUUGUCAGCUGCAAGGUCUGUUGUAUUUACCAACCAGUAAAUACAACAUUGCAUAUGUUGAAUUUUGUAUCUUUUCUUGUAACACCAUUGCAACUCCCUCGUCACUUUAUCAAAGUGAGGCCAUGUUUCACUCAAGUCCAAUAAUCAGCCCUCAGAUAUCCGAGCACAAAGUGCUUUGAACACAUGGCCCAAGAACAACAUUCAAGCCCUUAAUCUAACAUCCCACAGGGCGUUUUAGAUCUGAGAUUGGAGUGAUGUUUGUUGGCAUAAUAGUGGAAAUAUAAACACAAACACACACACAGCGUGGAUCCAAGGCUGGCGGCCUAACAUGGGACCCAUUCCCCUCACAUCCAAGCUAAGCAGAGAGAAGCCUCGAGCCCUCUUAUUAAACUCUGCUGCUGACACCCCUGUUCACCCACCUAGUCAUCCUUUACUUAAAUUCUCAUAGUGCAUCAACAUUAUUCAAGAUAUAACAUUUGUCUUUCAUGUUAUUGUUUUUUUUUUUUUUUUCAUUUGUACUCCCCAAUUUUCAAUUUAGCAAUGGUUGUGUGGAUAUGGGGUUGAAAAUGACUAGAUUGAGCAUUUUUAACUAAAUUACUGAAGGGGAAUCUUAACAUUCCAGUGUACAAUUAGAAAAAAAGAAUCUUUAAUGGAAUAAAAUGUAUUAUUGAAAAUGUAA